CCAUGGGGCGUUGGUGGUGCUGGCUACUGGUAACCUUGCUAUGGGUUUCCACGAUAACAAACCCAUGCCUUGGCCAGAGUGGUGACAGUGGCGACUGGGGCUCGGGCUUCGAUGUCUCCAUGACGACCCUCAGCACCAACAAGAACACGUCCUCCUCCCAGGAGCCAGGAGAUUACCCUGCGGGGUCCGAAACAGAGACAAGAGGAUCCUGGGUAAAAAUACUUCCACCUAAGCCAGUGUUCCACUACAAGCCGGAGCCAGAUGAGUGCUCUGUCCACUUCAGCACCAGUCAGGCUUCCGCCAGGCGCCUCAAGGCCCAGAGAGAAGAGUUGGCCUACCUGAAGGCUAUGCAGCAUGGGAACCAGGCGGUGGUGGAGAACAUAGUCCAGUUCAUAGGAGCAGAGCUGGGGGAGGAGCAGCGCUAUGAGGACGUCAUCGAGGAAAACAUAGUGGGCAUCAGGGAGGAGCACCAGAGCUGUAACAGUGUGGUCCAGAAGGUGAUGGAGGAUCUGGAGGGACAGCUGGAAGGAGAUGUACUGGAGGCUCUGACUGGGAUACUGAA